AUGAUCCCUCUCUCUCUUUCCCUCGCCCCGGUCACAACCCUGGUGGAGGCCUGGGAAGAGACUGCUACCAGGGCUCUGGACCAGGUUGUUCCUUUGCAGCCUCUGACUCAUCGCAGAUCCCGGCCGGCUCCCUGGUUUACCGAGGAGCUCCGGGAGAUGAAGCGGCAUAGACGAGGCCUAGAGAGCUGUUGGAGAGCAAGCCGUUCCGAAUCCGACCGAUUUCAAUUAAGGUUGGCCACAUGGGCCUACCUGGUGGAGUUGGCGGCGGCAAAGCGCCACUACUUCACCGAUGUCAUCGCAUCCGCAGAGAAUCGCCCGGCUGCCCUGUUCAGGGUGUCCCGCUCCCUCUUAAAUCAGAGGGUGAGGGAAGAUCCUUUACAGGGACGAGCCGAGGAGUUUGGUCAGCACCUGUCGGACAAAAUCACUCGAAUUCGGGACGGCUUGGACUCUGACUGGACAGAGUCAGACGGGGGUGAGACAGCGGGUCCUGUGUUUUGGGAAGAGUUCGAUUCUGUUACCCCAGAGGAAGUGGACAGGAUCAUGGGGAAGCUGAGUGCGACCACCUGUAAGAAGCCAGCCUUGGACCCAGCUGUAUUAAAUCAUUUUCGUCCAGUCUCCAACCUUCGCUUUUUAGCGAAGGUUGUUGAGAAUGUGGUUGCACAUCAGCUCCCGCUGGUCCUGGAUGAAGCGGAUUACCUCGACCCGUACCAAUCGGGUUUCAGGCCCGGGUACAGCACGGAGACAGCAUUGGUCGCACUGGUGGAUGAUCUCUGGAGGGCCCGGGACAGAGGUCAUUCCUCUGUUCUGGUCCUUCUGGAUCUUUCAGCGGCAUUUGAUACCAUUGACCACGGUAUCUUGCUGCGUCACCUCGAGGGGUUGGGAGUGGGAGGCACUGUUUUACAGUGGUUCUCCUCCUACCUCUCGGGUCGAACGCAAGCGGUGUUGGUGGGGGGGCAGAGAUCGACCUUGAGGCCCCUCACCUGUGGGGUGCCUCAAGGGGCCGUUCUCUCACCUCUCCUGUUCAACAUCUAUAUGAAACCGCUAGGGGAGAUCAUCCGUGGUUUUGGGGUGAGGUAUCAUCAGUACGCUGAUGAUACUCAGGCAUUUGCCCAGAUACGUCUGGUGCGCCAGUUGCGUCCCUACUUGGACCGAGAUGCCCUACGCACAGUUACUCAUGCGCUGGUCACCUCACGGAUUGACUACUGCAACGCUCUCUACAUGGGGCUGCCCUUGAGGACCACUCGGAGGCUUCAGCUGGUGCAAAAUGCAGCCGUGCGGGUUGUGAUGGGAGAAUCCCGAUACUCCCAUGUUACACCCCUCCUGCACGGUUUGCAUUGGCUACCGGUUGCCCUCCGGGUAAGAUUCAAGGUGCUGGUGUUGACCUAUAAAGCCCUACAUGGCUUAGGACCAGGAUAUUUGGCGGACCACCUACAGCCAGCAACAACAUCCCAUCGCCCGGUUCGCGCCCAUAGAGAGGGCCUACUCAGGGUGCCGUUGGCUAGACAGUGGCGGCUGGCGGCUGCCAGGGGUAGAGCCUUCUCGGUUGGGGCGCCCACCCUCUGGAAUCAACUCCCCUUGGAGCUCCGACUAGCGCCUGACCUUCGCACCUUCCGCCGGGAAUUAAAAACUUGGCUUUUCAAAUCCCUUGACCUGGUCUGAUGAUGGGGUUUUAAGG